CACAGUCCUCAAGCUGUCACUACGAAAUAAAGUUGUAAAAAAACAUCUUUGCUGAAAUAAAUAAAUUCACUUAUUUCACUUUAUUUCUAUUAAAAUUCACUUAAAACCCUUUAAUUGGAAAUAUAAAAUAAAACUACAAUCAUGCUUUAUCUCGAGGAUUAUUUGGAAAUGAUUGAACAUCUUCCCCAAGAAUUAAGAGAUCGUUUUACAGAAAUGCGUGAACUUGAUCUAACUGUUCAAAAUAGCAUGGAUUCAUUAGAAAAAAAAGCACGUACAUUCUUUUUACAAUGCAAACGAGGCGAAUUGCAAAGUAAUGCUGCCGAAAUUGAAUUUCAAAAUCUGCGAAAAGAAUAUUACAAAGUUUUAGAAGAUGCUGACGAAAAAGUCGCCAUUGCCACACAAAUUCACGAUCUAGUUGAACGUUAUUUGCGUCGAUUGGAUAGUGAAUUAUUUAAAUUUAAAUGUGAACUUGAAGCCGACAAUAAUGGCAUUACGGAAAUCCUCGAAAAGAGAUCCUUGGAACUCGACGGCUCAAGUUCAAUAAGCAGUAGCAAUAUUGGCAAUCAAAAAGAGAAUCGUUAUUUUGGUUCGAUUGCUACAAAUAAUCACACAGGCAGUUCAACUGCUAGUUUACCGAAAGACAAUCGUUUUCGACCGAAACCGGAAAAGCGGCGAGAUAGUACGCCAGCUCCGGUGGUCGAAAAACGUCCAAAUCUGGGUAAUAGUAUUUCAACUCCUGCAGCACCAGUUGCUCCGGUUGUUCAGGCAGUCACACCCAAUGUCACUCAUCAUGCAGUGAUUCCACCAGCUGCUGCUGGGCCAUCAGUUUCGUAUAAUUUGCAGCAUAUGGGAGGGGCUGGAAAUGCUAUUGCUGCGGCAGCAAGUCAGGCGAUUGUUGCUACUCAACAAAUGCAACAGGGUAGAAGAACUGCCAGCUUGAAAGCGUCGUAUGAAGCUAUUCAUGGAGCUGCUGGUGGGGCAACUCCACAUGAAUUUUGGAUUAAUAGAGAUAUUAAUACACCGAGUGGACAGAAUACAACUUUACAGACUGUUGAUCGUGAAUCAAGUGCUAGGAAGCAUAAAAAAAAAUCCUCAUCUCAUUUACCCCAACAUACACCAGCAACACCAACUUCAAUUCCAUCCUCAUCAUCCUCAAUCAGUUCACAUGCUGAAUCAUCCACAUCCAGCAUUGCAGAGGUGGUUCCUACACCAGCUGCUGUUAGCGCUGCUGCCACAACAUCUGCCGCAGCUGCUGCUGCUGUUCAGCGAAAUAGUACCCCUGCUGCAGAGAAUAAUAGUCUGGUUGUGGAACAGACUGCCGAAGGCGAAUGGUCCUAUGAUCCUAAUGAACCCCGCUACUGCAUUUGCAAUCAAGUGUCAUAUGGUGACAUGGUUGCUUGCGAUAAUGAUGCGUGCCCAUUCGAGUGGUUCCAUUAUCCUUGUGUUGGAAUAACACAACCACCCAAAGGCAAAUGGUACUGUCCAAAGUGUACCGCAUCAAUGCGCCGACGAGGCAAUCGCAAAAACUAAAUUCUAUUACUUUCAUUUCCAUGAAAUCUUUUUUUUUUUUCUGGAAAUGUCUCGAUUUAAGCAUGAAAAUUAAUAAAUGAGUCUUACAAUUUCAUGGCCUCGGAA